AGUAUAAACAAUUAAAAGACAACACAAUUGUUUUCGAUGAAUUCAACAUCGAAGCUUAUAUAUUCUGUAGAGUUGGCAUCGUACAUGUAACAUAUAUAACAUUUUUUUAAAAAACCAGUGAGAGGCUUAUUUUAAAUAAACAGAAACGUGGAAAGCGGAUGCCAAAAAUUAAACAAUCUAGCGAUUCAUUUAGUGUAAAAAAAGUAUUUAGCAGUUGCCAGGUUUUAUAUCGUAUUAAUUUUACGUUUAAAAUGCAUUAAAUUGACUUUCCUAAACUUCCAGUGAAGGAGUGAACACUAAAUUGCAGCAAGCUAGCUACUGCACGGUUUAAAAUCCCUUUUUUAAGUAUUAAGUUUUCGGUGUGUUUUUCUUAUUGUAAGUGGUUGUUUUCUAGCAAGGAACUAAGUCUUCUCUUUAGUAAAGAAAGAAAAGAGAGAAAUCUGGCACUUUCUACCGCAGUAUCCACCACCCUGUCAUUAUCUGUGCAAGCCUGGGAAUUCAACUUGGACCUCCCAGUAUUUGUUGCAGCUUGAGGCCAAGGUGCCUCUAAAGGAUUUUCUUUUAAGGACUUCAGAAAUCGUGCAGUACUUUUUUUUAAAGCAAAAUAUAUUUUUGAAUGUUGAUCUCAAGGAAAUUCUCUGUGUGUGUGUGUUUGUCUAAAAACGUCUCGUCAAAAAUAAAAGCUUUCUUGCAAAGAAAAGGAAGAAGAAAGGGGGAAGGCAUUCCUUAAUGGAAGUAUUGCAUGCAAAGAAGGCUGGAUCUCUUUAAGGCUCCCCCUGAAGCUGGAGAUGCACACACAAGGGUUGCCUGCCUGGGUGGUCUCUCUACUUUGGUGAGCUGUUGCUAAGCAGCUAAUAAUAGUCAUGUUUGCUGAGUAAUUUCUGCCCUCCUUGAGCCAAUCGCAUCCCAGAAACCCAAGCCAUCUGACAGCCCCAGGGGCGGGAUUUCAAGUCUUUUUCUCUCUCCUCUCUCUUUCUCUCCCCCCCCCCCCCGUUUCACUCCUCCUCCUCUUUAUCCAAAUGGAGAGAGUUCUUUUUUUCUUCUUCAUCUCAUCUAUUGAAUCAAGGAGCUGCUGCUUGCUGCUGCACACACACAGAGGGAGAGACACACACACACACACAUACAGAGAGAGAGAGAGACUGGAGUCCCGAAAGCCCCGGGAGUCAGAGACAGCUCUGCGCUGAGACAGAAUGGUACAGCGCGUCGAGACAGAGCAGCAGCCAGCAGCUCCACAGCAGCAGCACCACUGAGAGCAAGAAAAGCUCCAGCCCUCCUUUGCUUUGCUUUCACGGAGGAAGACAAGAGAGGGAAGGGGGGGAGGCUGGUUUCUUUAAGCAGCAAAAGGAGCAGUAGAAAGUUAAAGCCGGAGGAACGAAGGGGGGAAGGCAAAUCACUCACUCCACUCGCAGACGCACUGGAUGUGGGAAGCGGUAGCGCCAGAAAGCUCCGGAUCAUCGCGAAAUGUUGCAAUGGAAGGCGCAGGGUCUGACUCGCCCGGAGCAGCAAGAGGAGCAGCAGCAAACGCGGUAUGAAGAGGUGGUCUGUCAGCAGCAGCCUGCGGAAAGAAGCGCCAGCAGCCCAGCAGCCCUCCCGUCCCCCUGGAUCGCCCCAAAGCAGCAGCGCGCUGCGGGGAAUCACAGAGGAACCAGCCCGUGGGUCGCCAAAACAACAGCAGCAGCAGAGGCGGCAGCCCAGUCCCGGCGGCGGCAACAUGGCCUCGGCUGUUAACGUUUCGGAGCCGGAGAGCAGCAGCGGUGCUGGUGGCGGUGGCUGCUGCAGAGACCUCGAUCGGCUGGGGAGAAGCUGUAGCAGAAGGCGGAGAAGGACCGGAGGGAACAGACGCGCCGCGGCACCGGAUCUGGAGUAUCUGCAGCGGCCAAGCUACUGCGAUGCAGCUUUUGCCUUGGAGCAGAUUUCAAAGGGGAAGGCUACUGGAAGAAAAGCACCGUUGUGGCUAAGAGCGAAGUUUCAGAGACUAUUAUUUAAACUGGGCUGUUACAUUCAAAAAAACUGCGGAAAGUUUUUGGUUGUUGGCCUCCUGAUAUUUGGGGCUUUCGCUGUAGGAUUAAGGGCAGCUAAUCUCGAAACCAACGUGGAGGAGCUCUGGGUAGAAGUUGGUGGACGAGUGAGUCAGGAGUUAAAUUACACACGCCAGAAGAUUGGAGAAGAGGCCAUGUUUAAUCCCCAGCUCAUGAUUCAAACACCACAAGAAGAUGGUGCUAAUGUACUAACAACAGAAGCACUCAGACAGCACCUUGACUCUGCACUUCAAGCCAGCAGGGUACACGUUUAUAUGUACAACAGACAAUGGAAAUUGGAGCAUUUAUGUUUUAAAUCAGGAGAACUUAUCACAGAAGCAGGGUACAUGGACCAGAUUAUAGAAUAUCUUUACCCUUGUUUAAUCAUCACACCUUUGGACUGCUUCUGGGAGGGAGCAAAGUUACAGGCAGGGACUGCCUAUCUAUUAGGGAAACCUCCUUUGCAGUGGAUAAACUUUGACCCCUUAGAAUUCUUGGAAGAGUUAAAAAAAAUAAACUAUCAAGUAGAGAGCUGGGAGGAGAUGCUGAAUAAAGCAGAGGUUGGUCAUGGUUAUAUGGAUCGACCUUGCCUGAAUCCUACAGAUCCUGAUUGUCCAGUCACAGCCCCCAACAAAAAUUCAACCAAACCUCUUGAUGUGGCCCUUGUUUUGAGUGGUGGAUGCUACGGACUGUCAAAAAAGUACAUGCACUGGCAGGAGGAGUUGAUUGUAGGUGGGACAGUCAAGAAUGAUACUGGAAAACUUGUCAGUGCUCAGGCUUUGCAGACCAUGUUUCAGUUAAUGACUCCUAAGCAAAUGUAUGAACACUUCAAGGGGUAUGAGUAUGUUUCACACAUCAACUGGAAUGAAGACAAGGCAGCUGCAGUUCUGGAAGCCUGGCAGAGGAUGUAUGUUGAGGUAGUUCAUCAAAGUGUUGCACAAAACUCUACUCAGAAGGUGCUUUCCUUUACUACAACUACUCUGGAUGACAUCCUAAAAUCAUUUUCUGACGUCAGUGUUAUCAGAGUUGCUAGCGGCUACUUAUUAAUGCUUGCCUAUGCCUGUUUAACCAUGCUGCGGUGGGACUGUGCCAAGUCCCAGGGUGCCGUGGGGCUGGCAGGAGUCUUGUUGGUUGCACUCUCAGUGGCUGCAGGAUUGGGCCUGUGCUCAUUGAUUGGAAUUUCCUUUAAUGCUGCCACAACUCAGGUUUUGCCUUUUCUUGCUCUUGGAGUUGGAGUAGAUGAUGUUUUCCUUUUGGCACAUGCAUUUAGUGAAACGGGGCAGAAUAAGAGAAUUCCGUUUGAGGAUAGAACAGGUGAAUGUUUGAAGCGAACAGGAGCAAGCGUUGCCCUUACAUCUAUCAGCAAUGUUACUGCCUUCUUUAUGGCUGCCUUAAUUCCUAUUCCUGCUUUACGGGCAUUUUCACUCCAAGCUGCUGUUGUUGUGGUAUUCAACUUUGCCAUGGUUCUGCUGAUUUUUCCUGCUAUUCUAAGCAUGGACCUUUACCGUCGAGAGGACAGGAGAUUGGAUAUAUUCUGCUGCUUUACAAGUCCAUGUACUAGCAGAGUGAUUCAGAUUGAGCCUCAAGCAUAUGCAGAUAAUGAUAACACUCUCUAUAGCCCUCCACCACCCUACAGCAGUCACAGUUUUGCACACGAAACUCAGAUUACAAUGCAAUCUACAGUGCAGCUGCGCACAGAGUACGACCCUCAUACCCAGGUGUACUAUACCACAGCAGAGCCCCGCUCAGAAAUAUCUGUGCAACCAGUCACAGUGACACAGGAUAACCUCAGCUGCCAGAGCCCAGAAAGCACAAGCUCGACGAGGGAUUUGCUUUCCCAGUUUUCAGACCCAAAUAUGCAUUGUCUUGAGCCACCUUGUACUAAAUGGACACUCUCAUCGUUUGCCGAAAAGCAUUACGCUCCAUUCCUGCUAAAACCAAAAGCCAAGGUUGUGGUUAUUUUCCUUUUCCUGGGUUUACUUGGUGUCAGUCUUUAUGGUACUACCCGGGUGAGAGAUGGACUGGAUCUCACAGACAUUGUACCACGGGAAACCCGAGAAUAUGACUUUAUUGCUGCACAAUUCAAGUACUUCUCCUUCUACAACAUGUAUAUAGUGACACAGAAAGCAGACUACCCCAACAUCCAGCACUUACUUUAUGACCUUCACAAAAGUUUCAGCAAUGUUACAUAUGUUUUGUUGGAGGAAAAUAAGCAGCUUCCCAAAAUGUGGUUGCACUACUUUCGAGACUGGCUGCAAGGUCUUCAAGAUGCAUUUGACAGCGACUGGGAAACUGGGAAAAUCACAUACAACAAUUAUAAAAAUGGAUCUGAUGAUGCUGUUCUGGCCUACAAACUUCUGGUGCAAACAGGCAACCGCGAUAAGCCUAUCGACAUCAGUCAGUUGACUAAACAGCGUCUGGUGGAUGCAGAUGGAAUCAUUAACCCAAAUGCUUUCUACAUCUACCUGACAGCCUGGGUUAGCAAUGACCCCGUGGCCUACGCUGCCUCUCAAGCCAACAUCCGGCCUCACCGUCCAGAAUGGGUCCAUGACAAGGCAGACUAUAUGCCAGAAACAAGGCUGAGAAUUCCAGCAGCUGAGCCCAUUGAAUAUGCUCAGUUUCCUUUCUACCUCAAUGGAUUGCGUGAAACUGCUGACUUUGUGGAAGCUAUUGAGAAAGUGAGAGCUAUCUGUAACAAUUACACCAGCCUUGGCGUCCCCAGCUACCCAAAUGGAUACCCAUUUCUUUUUUGGGAACAGUACAUUGGGCUUCGUCACUGGCUUCUCUUGUCUAUUAGCGUCGUUCUGGCUUGCACAUUUCUGGUGUGUGCCCUCUUUCUCCUGAACCCCUGGACGGCUGGGAUCAUUGUGGUGGUGCUGGCUCUGAUGACUGUCGAGCUGUUUGGCAUGAUGGGUCUAAUUGGAAUAAAGCUGAGUGCUGUGCCUGUGGUCAUCCUGAUUGCUUCUGUUGGCAUAGGAGUGGAAUUCACUGUUCAUGUUGCUUUGGCAUUUUUAACCGCCAUAGGAGACAAGAACCGCAGGGCUGCCCUUGCAUUGGAACACAUGUUUGCACCAGUAUUAGAUGGAGCUGUAUCUACUCUGCUUGGCGUGUUAAUGCUUGCAGGGUCCGAGUUUGAUUUUAUUGUCAGGUAUUUCUUUGCCGUUUUGGCUAUUUUAACCAUUCUGGGAGUUUUAAAUGGAUUGGUGCUGCUUCCAGUUCUUCUUUCAUUCUUUGGACCAUAUCCUGAGGUUUCUCCAGCUAACGGACGGAACAGAUUGCCUACGCCAUCUCCUGAGCCUGCCCCUGGCAUCGUGAGGUUUGCACUGCCACCUGGACACACAAAUAAUGGAUCAGAUUCAUCUGAUUCUGAGUACAGUUCUCAGACUACAGUGUCAGGAAUCAGUGAGGAACUCCAUCAGUACGAGGCCACUCAGAGUUCUGGUGCACCAGUCCACCAAGUAAUAGUGGAAGCAACUGAGAAUCCUGUCUUUGCCAGAUCUACUGUGGUUCAGCCAGAGACAAGAUGUCAUCAGCCAAGUCCAAAAUUACAGUCUAACCCAGAAGCCGGGUCCCAGCAGACAUGGCAUCAUAACAGGCAACCUAGACGAGAACUGAGGGAAGGACUACGACCGCCCCCUUACAGGCCGCGCAGGGACGCUUUUGAAAUUUCUACUGAAGGGCAUUCUGGACCUAGCAAUAGGGACCGCUCGGGCCACAGGGCUUACUCUCAUAACAUUAGAAGCCCAGCAUUCACUGCCAUGGGUACUUCAGUACCAGCAUACUGCCAGCCUAUCACUACUGUGACUGCCUCCGCUUCAGUUACUGUUGCUGUACACCCUGCUGUGCACAGCCAUAACUCUCAUGGAGGAGGCUUUCCAUCUUACGAAGGAUACUAUGAAACUGACCAUGGAACAUUUGAGGACCCCCAUGUGCCUUUUAAUGUACGGUGUGAGAGGAGAAACUCUAAAGUAGAAGUAAUAGAACUGCAAGAUGUUGAAUGUGAAGAAAGGACAAAUGGCAGCAGCUCAGAUUAAGGGUAACAACUGAAGCAAAGAAGAGGCCAAAGAUGGGGAAACCUCCUCUUUCCAGAACUGCUUGAAGAGAACUGCUUGAAGUUGUGGAAAAGGACAUGCUGCAUCAGGAUAACAGUUCACUGUUACUGUAACCUAUUGUAUUAUAUUGUUAAAUAUUUCUAUAAAUAUUUAAAAGGUGUACACAUAUGUAAUAUACAAAGGAACAAUGUAAAGUAGUAUAAUCUGGAGUUAACUCUUGUUAAUAGAGUGAGACAAUAUUGUUUGUGUUCUGUACUUAUUGUACAUUGAUCUCUGUGCCACAACUAAGCUUAAUCUGGUCCUAAAUUUCAGCAUAUGUUGCUGCUGCUUAAAUAUUGUAUAAUUUACUUGUAUAAUUCUAUGCAAAUAUUGCUUAUGUAAUAGGAUUUUUUGUAAAGUUAUGUGUUUAAAAUAUUUUAAAAUUUGCAUUUCACAACCCUGUGGUAGUAUGAAAUGUUACUGUUAACUCUCAAACACGCUAUGCGUGAUAAUUUUUUUUUAAAUGAGCAGAUAAUGAAGAAAAGCACGUUAAUCUUGGUGGUUUAAGUAGGUUUAGCUAUGUGCAGGUUUUGUUUUGCUGUGUGCAUGUGUGUGUAUGUAUGUUCCCAGAGUACUGUAGUGUAAUUUUUUUUUACUGUAUGUUAACCCUUAGUGGGCUCAUUAACUCACUGAUGCUGGCAGAGUCAGGAUUUUCCUAUUGCUAAGUGCCAGUGAAAAAUGCCUUGGCACUUAACAACAGAAUCUCCAGACUGCUAUUGUCAAAGGGAUGAUUAAAAUAGAAGAGAGGACAGGAGGACAGGGCAUAUGGAUUCUACUACUAAAUCUUCCACUGACUUGCUGUGUGUGACUUUGGGCAAGUCACUUAACCUCCUCAUGCCUCAGUUUCCAUAUCUGUAAA